AUGGUUGGAAAAUCAUUCCCUGCGCUGCUGAGCGCCCUCAUGUGUCUGCAACAGGGAGUCACCAACGCUGCUGGUGUACCUGCUGACCCAACGACCACCAGCGGUCUAAUCGUCCGCUGCAACAAUGUCGUGGACGCCAUGGCCAAUGGGGUCGGACACCCGCUAAGACAUGAACAAGAAGCAACAAUUGACAUCAAUGCACCCGCCGUCAGAGAGGGGAGAGUCUUGCGAAGACAGGACCAGCCCAAAUCUAUCAAACUUGUCCUGGAUAAGAUGGAAGCCCUGACAAACUUGCUGACGAGCACUCCUGUGCGGGCCGACUGCAUCUUCGUCACUGUUUCUCAUCUCCUUGGUACGACGCCCGAAGAGGUUUCACGUCGCAGCGGCGUCGAGAUUCCCGCCCCGGGGCAGGGUGGUUCCGGCCACAUCUUUGAGGUUCUUGCGAGAAACGGCAUUGCCUGGCGUUUGUGGAGAGUCCGUGGUGAUGAAACGAGUGGACGACGGCCAGGUCCUGAUCGAAAUCAGUUGACACACCAGGGUCGACCGGAGUAUCUAGCUUUCCCACCUGGCAUGCCACGUAUUGUGGGAGUGGCCUACUGGCCCAGGGGGACCGGCACCCGCCCCGACACAAGGAGGGUUCCUGGACAUGUUGUCAUUUGCAGGAACCCCGGAACGCCAUACCGACGCUACAUCGACUACCAGGCGGAUCCUAAUGGCCUAGAUAUCACCCAUACAAUGGAUCACGUGCAGAUCUUUGGCUACUUUGCCGUUGACCUGGAUGCCUCCCAUGGGGACCUCGUCACGGCUCAGAGGCCGGCCAUAGAGAGGAUGGAGGUCGAAGAGCAGCGAGCCCACCCCGAGUCUGAAGACGGGCAACAGAUAAUAGAGAGUCCAGGACCAUUACAUCAGGGACUUGAUGCGGAGCCGAUGGAAGUGGACGAAGAAAAUCUUGACCUAUGGGGAAGCGGGCAGUUCGGGGUGGCCAGCUGCGCUGCGGUCCUUGCAACUCUCGUGGCACACCAUAAGCAUGAGAAAAGAUCGCUUGUGAACUCCUUACGGGGGUCUCGUCAGGCAUUCAAGGGUCGUGAUUGUGAUAGGGCGCGAGAAAUAGCCAUGCGGACGCCCCGACCACCCAUGCUGGCUGGGAUAGAGGAUUGCCGAUACUUUAGGAAGCUCAGCAUCCACUUGCACAUCGGCAAUGGAAUCAGCGGUGGAAGCGACGACGAGAUUGUCAUGGACAUUGGCAAGCAAACCCUUCUUCUCGCCACCUCCCCAGAUCGAGGGUUCGAAAACGUGAAAUCCGUGAAUAUUAAAAAGGCCUUUGGGGUUCGCAAUGUUCGUGUUUCUGAUGUGAAACACUUUACGCUGUACUCUAGGUCUCAUGCCGGAUCAAACCCAGACUAUUGGGAGCUUGGCGGUGUUUCGUUCAAAGGAAUAUGCUCCGGCUCGGGUAGAGUUGCCGUGAUUGACAAAUGGUCAUCCCUCUACGAGUGGCUCGACCGUGACAUGCAGGCCACAGGAGGAAAGACGCCAACGAAGCUGAAAAAGUCUAUUGCUCCGCACGACUGGCAAUGGGAAACCGAAGACUCGAAGACAAAAACGCUCGCAGUGCAGCCACCGGGAGAGCCGUGGGCAUGCACGCGUUUCAAGUCUCUCGAAGUUCGGCUCGAGCUGGGCAGCAACAUUGCGGGUUCGGGAACGUACGACAACAUCGUCAUCGAUGUCGGAAAGUCGACUACAUCGCUGACCGAGGCCCCAUCCGGGGGCGCCAAUGAGAGGCGAAUGAUCGACUUGAAGAAAGCAUUCGGGUCGCGUGCCCCUGAGGUGAGCGAUAUCACCAAGUUUACACUUCGAUCGGUCGAGGGAUGGGAGCAUCCGGAUGCCGACCCGUGGGAGGUGAAGAGCAUUACAUUUACCGGGCACUGCUCUGGGUCAUCGAGAAAGGCAGUGCUUAACAAGUACGCGAACAUCUACAAGUGGGUGAACCGUCCCGAGACCUAUGAGCGGGACCUGCACAUCGGCGACUGGAAAUGGGCUUGA